AUGCUCUGCCAACGUCUUCUUCUAGGUUUUGCUACUCUAAUCCCCGUCUUCGGCAGUCCUGCCGGAGACCAGCAAUGUUUGACUUCGCGAUAUGAACACAAAACCAGGCUGUUUGUUCUCACCGAUAUGAGCAACGAGCCUGACGAUCAGAUGAGCUUCGUACGUCUACUUACCUAUGCCAACGAGAUCGACAUUCGAGGGAUUGCAGCCACUACAUCGACUUGGCUACGCAACAAAACCGACCCAGAGACCAUCCGGGAGGUCAUCGGUGGAUAUGGAGAGGUUCUUGGCAAUCUCAACGCCAAUGUUCCCAACGAUGCUUCCUACCCUUCAGAAGAUGAGCUCCUGUCAAAGGUUUCCGUGGGCCAUGCCGUAUACGGACUUGCGUCACUCAAUCUUCCAUUAAGCGGUGCGGCUGAGGCCCUUGUGAAGGCCGCGGAUGAUGCGAAAGCUGAUGACCCUCUGUGGGUGUCUGUUUGGGGCGGAGCUGCCGUUCUGGCCGAAGCACUGAACCAUGUUUCCAAGACCCGAGACAAAGAAGCUGUUGAAUUGUUUGUCAGUAAGCUUCGGGUCUACUCUAUUUCGGAUCAAGACGAUGCGGGGGCUUGGAUACGCACCAACUACCCCAAGUUGUUCAUGGUGGUCUCUCUCCACGGGUUCAGCGAGUACACGCGUGCAACCUGGAACGGUAUCUCUGGAGAAGAGUACAGGCACUUUGACAAAGGCGGACCUGAAACUUCGUUGGUAUCAAACGCGUGGCUUGAGAAGAACAUUCGGAUUGGCGCCCUUGGAGCUCACUAUUUGAACUGGACGUUCAUCAUGGAAGGCGAUACUCCAGCAUUCCUGACACUUAUUCAGAAUGGACUGGGAGAUAUAGAACACCCCGACUGGGGAAGUUGGGGAGGCCGGUACACCCUGGCAGACGCGUCCGGGAACCAUAACGUGUACGCGGACUGCACAGACUACGUUCAAGGUGCCAACGGGGAAGCAUUCAUCAGCAGCUUUGCGACCAUCUGGCGCUGGCGACAGGAUUAUCAGCACGACUUUGCAGCUCGAAUGCAGUGGACUAUCAAUUCUGAUUAUAGCAAGAACAACCACCAACCAGUUGCAGUGGUUAAUGGGACAUGUGGCCCCUCGGCGUUGAAAUUAGACUACAUCAAGGGAGGGAAAAUCGUGCUCGACGCAUCAAACAGUUGGGAUCCUGACGGUGAUGGGCUGUCGUUCGAAUGGUUUCACUAUCGCGAGGCGGGAACUAGAGGGCUGGAAGGAUUCAACAUUCCACUGAUCAGCGAAGAUGUGAAGAUAGCAAAGUUGAAUGAUCAAGGAAGCAUUGUGAGUCUAGACGUGGUCAAAUCCUCCAAGGUAAGUCGUCUCCCGCUCAGCCUCUUGUUUCUGGUCUAA